CCUCCUGGGGGCUGCAGAGGUUCAAGGCCAAGGCCACGGUCAUUCUCGGAGCCCCGAGAGACGGGCGCUCCCCAUUCUGGGGAGAAGGGAGGGAACUGGAAGACGGAUGCAACUCGGGAUCCCGUUGCCAUGGUUAUGGUGGGGCCCCGCCUCCUUUCCUCUCCCCCAAGGAGGGAGGGGCAGUCUCGGGCCAGCCAGGAAGGGCCCCGUCAGCCCAGCGGAGACUGCGGGUCCCAAGUGGAGGGGGCACUUCCCUUUCCACCCCAGUGGGCUGCUGUCCUAGCUUAGCUCCUGGAGAGACGCAGAGGGCCGGAUAAUGAGCUUGCCAGCCGGAGAGCCAAUCAGAGCCUGGCAGGGAAGGCGGCCCGGCAGCCUGGCAGCCACUCAGACCCUGGCUGGGCUCUCCGUCUGGCCUGGGACUGGGCAAAGUGUCUGCCAAUCAGGGAGGGCGCCAGCUGGGGCGCUGGGCCAAUGGGAAGGGGAGGCUCAGCUGGCCCUGGGGCAGGCUGGAGGGAGGAGAGGCAGUCUGGUCCUGCCUUAGUCCUGGUCCUACGCUGGGGAGAGAGGCUGAGCUUGGGGGAGAUCCUGGAGAGGGAGGGAGCAAGGGCAGGAUCCCAGGGCCCCACCCUCUGGUCCUCUGGUCCCUCGCCUGGUCCCCAGCCACAUCUGGCGGCCCCUCCUCCAUCUCACAUCUGGCUGCCUCUUCUCUCCAGGCAGUGGCCCAUCUCGGAGGCACGCCCCUCCCCCGCCCCCAUCAUGCCCAGCUGCUCUCUGAUCUAGUUCUCCCCCUAACCCCAACCCUCCCCGCUCAUCCCCUCCCUCACUCCACCUUAGCCAGCCCUCCCCCUCCCCAGCCUCACCUCCCCCCCCCUCCUGCUGCUCAGAGCCAGAGGGAUGGUGGUAGUCACAGGGCGGGAGCCAGCCAGCCGUCGCCCGGAUGAUGCCAUGUCCAGCUCGGACGCUGAAGACGACUUUCAGGAGCCUGCCACCCCCACAGCCACCCAGGCUGGGCAUGCCCUGCCCCUGCUGCCCCAGGAGUUCCCCGAGGUGGUCCCACUCAACAUUGGAGGGAUGCACUUCACCACCCGCCUGUCCACCCUGCGGCGCUACGAGGACACCAUGCUGGCGGCCAUGUUCAGUGGGCGUCACUACAUCCCCACCGAUGCCGAGGGACGCUACUUCAUUGACCGCGAUGGAACUCACUUCGGAGAUGUGCUUAACUUCCUUCGAUCUGGUGACCUGCCCCCACGGGACCGCGUGCGGGCCGUCUACAAGGGCCAAUACUAUGCUAUUGGGCCCUUGCUGGAGCAGCUGGAGAAUGUACAACCGCUAAAAGGGGAGAAGGUGCGCCAAGCAUUCCUGGGGCUCAUGCCCUACUACAAAGACCACUUGGAGCGGAUCGUAGAGAUCUCACAGCUGCGGGCUGUCCAGCGCAAGGCCCGCUUUGCCAAGCUGAAGGUGUGUGUCUUCAAAGAGGAGAUGCCCAUCACACCCUACGAGUGUCCCCUCUUCAACUCAUUGCGUUUUGAGCGCAGUGAGAGCGACAGCCCCUUCUUUGAACACCACUGUGAAGUGGAUGUGUCCUUCGGGCCGUGGGAGGCUGUGGCAGAUGUCUACGACCUGCUGCACUGUCUGGUCACGGACCUCUCUGCCCAGGGCCUCACGGUGGAUUACCAGUGUAUUGGGGUCUGCGACAAGCAUCUGGUCAACCACUAUUACUGCAAGAGGCCCAUCUAUGAGUUCAAGAUCACAUGGUGGAGCUGAGAUGCAGACUGCAGAGGCUGAUGGGAGGCAGAGAUAGGCAUGGAGCCUCCAUUCCCACUGAGUCGUGGGAUCCUUCUCAGCUGCCCAAGGCUCUGUUCCUGGUUUCCAUGUUAAGUGUUCAGCUCAUAGUUGUAGAGCAAACCCACCCUAGAAUCAAAAACCAAAAGCCCACCACCAUUAAACAUUGGUAUGAUAACCUUCCGGUGCCUCUCCCUCAGAGAGGCACGGGGUUCUGAAGGAUAGAAGAAGGGACUCGACGGGAGGCCCUGUCUCCUAAGGACUCUUAGGUAAGCCAGCAAUAACUCCCCAGGAUACUUGGGUCCCCUAUUUUGAAGAUUUUAAAAGAUCCAGAACAUCUCUGGGCUGAUCCUUUCUUUCUAAAGAAGCUGUUCAGGUAAUGGGCACAUCCUUCCUGGAGGCUUGGACAGCCAAGUGGUGGCACUCAGUGAUUCCCCAAUCAGCAUCUCUUCCUCAGUAUGACACGGCAGGGCUACUAGAGAAAGACCCCCUCCUUGGCUGCAUCUCUACUGGAACCCAUAUCCCAUGUGGUUUGGAGCUCUGGUAGGGCCAGCCCUAUUGGCCCCAGGUCUGUUAGGACGGAGCCUGGGGCAUUGAAAGAUGCUACCAGAAUCCUGAUAGUGUGGCUUAGUCUGAGGCUAGCCGGAGCCCUCUACUGAGCCUGUGUGCAUCAUCCUGGACUCCCCAUGGGAGAAGUGGCCCUGAGCCAAUGGGUGACAGUGUGCCCAGCUCCUAGCAGAGGCAGAAUACAUGCUGAAUGAGUGGAAACCAGACCUGGGCAAGAACUGGGGGGGCAGCGGAGUGACGGGCCUUCUAUAUGGCAGUCAUUUCCUAGAAUCAGAGAGGCUUUCUAUCAAGCUUGGCAGCACAACUGCUCCUCUGGAGGUUCAGACGCCUUUUUCAUCUAAAAGGUGGCUGGACGUGCUUGUUUCGGGGUUGAUGUUCCUGCAUGGUGCCGGGUGUUGCUAGCUGUGUGUCCAGUGCCUUGAGCUUAGCCGUCUUUUGUUUACGUCUCCGAGUGGUGUUCCUGCCUAAUCCGUGUUCGUUUUUUGACAGACACUGAGCCAAGCUAUAUGAGGAGGAUGUCAGUGUGAGUAGAGCACAGAUUACUAACACCAGUGCUGGCAGUAACCCCGCAUUGGCCUCUCUCCCCCUGUCCCCUCCAGCUCCUGCCACAGAGCAUCGCAGUGUGUUUAUUUAGAAUCCACAUGUGCGAGACCCAGAGUGACUGGUUUUCGAAAACCCCUGCAGCCCUGCUUGGGGGUUAACCCGGAUGCUGGGUGAGGACAGUGUCCCCCAUCUCUCUGGAACUCUGUUCCUCUGUUGUGCUGUGCUUUUGACUACUGUGUUUUCCUGUGUGUCCUUCUGGGAAGACGAGGGCCACCAGGAAGCAGAUUCCUGGCUGCUUUUAGGGACUUUCUAGAGCUAGCCAAAGACCUUGUAGCAGGCCAGGCUUGGCAAGCCCUCUGUCUAGGAGCUGAGUUUGGAAGUCAGGUAAAAAGUUCCAUAGUCUAAGACCAUGGCACCUGAAGGGGAGGCGGGAGGUGGUUGUUGCUACUCAGCUUCUGAUGCUGCCCUUGGGCUGAUGUGAAUAAAAUCCAUUCUCUGGGGAAGUUAUUUUGGUUCCCCUCAGGGAGCUCCUCUAAUUAUUGGUGAGACUAGGACCUUUUCUGUCCCCCCAGCUUCUCUGUAACUUUGCUCAUCAAGGCCUAAGCCAUAAGGGGGCAACGUCCCCAAAAAACCUUAGAUAUGCCCUGCCCCAAAUGCUAACAAUGUCCUUUACUUGAAUUCUUGUGACUUUGUAGAACCACUGCCCCCGGCUCUAAAAUGAGACUAGAUGCAUUCUCUCCAGGAACUGGCCAAGAGAAAAGACUCAUUGGACUGAUUUAUGGAUCAUAAACUCUGAGCUGGAAGAGGCCUUAGAGACCAUCUAGACUAGCCUCCUUAUUUUACAGACAAGGAAACUGAGGCCCAGAGAAUUAAAUUUGUCCAAGCCAUAAAUUGGCAAUGGUAUAAUUUGAACACAGGCCCUCUGACUCCAAACCUAUUGCUUUUUCCACUGUACCAUAGGUUUUUGGAGAAUAGGAGAACUCGAUGGCUAGGAUACAUUCAAAGUGGCUGGCUGAAGUAGGAGCUUUGUCCAUGGCUGGCCCGGCAGGUGAAGGACAUAAGAUCUUGGGGAUAGACUGUUGGCUGAAUCCCUCCCUAGCUGAGAUGAUUGUCAUUAGUUGACCUGGAGAGAGACAUGUAGUCAUCCCCCUUCCCAUACAGUUCAUCCAGAUGCUCCCUCUGAGUUGGCUCGUUGGCCAGCCAUGCAGCUGGUGGCCAGGUCUGCCUGCCUGCAGGUUUCACUUCUUUCCUUGGCCCGUGAUCUACUGGGGGCUUACUGAGGAAUGCUUCUCAGGUUGGAUGAGGUGACUGUCUUCCUGGGUGCUUUGUUGUUCUGACUAAGCCCCUGGUGGUGCUGGUGCUGCUGGUGGUGCUAUAGAAAGUGUUGAGGUCGCUGGGCAUGAGUCAUUCCGUAUUUGACCUUGGCUCAGGGUGACUCCACCUGAAGAGUUCAACAUAUCUUCCCAUUUUGUAAGCACUUCCAGAAAGCACUUACACACACACACACACACACACACACCCCUUCUGCCCAGACGUAGUCUUUAAUAAAACUUUUUCUUGGUCCCAUAUGCCAGAGUUCUCACCAAAAAGAGAUCUCUGUACCACUCCUAAGGCCAUAUAGAACUCUAGAGCCAGAAGGGCCCUCAGAAGCCAGCUAGUCAAACCCCCUCAUUUUGCAGAUGAGAAAACAAACCAAAGCUCAAGGAAGCAAUAUGACUUGCUCAGAGUCACAUGGGUAGUAAGCAUCUGAAAGAGGAUUUGAACUCAGGUUCUCUAACUCCAGAACCCGGGCUCUUUCCGUGAUGCUUCCCUGCCCUUGGUGGAAGGAGACUGAUGGGGCAAGACAUUUCUGAAAACAUGUGCAUGGGAUAAAGGAAUGGGGGAGAAGAAAGGGAGACAGGAUUCCCCAGGUGGAGGUCAGGUGCUUCCCUGAACUUAGGUGUCUUCCUCCUAUAAGAACUGAGGCUCUGUGUGCACUGUGUAACAGGUCUUGUGUUGUUGGAUUUUUUUAUUCCAAUGUCUGUGACAGUAUAGCUGUACCUAGCCUCUGUGCUGUACCAUGGCAUUAAAGAGAAGUAUCAGGAGA